UGUGGUAUCAAAUGUCUUUGGGAUGAAAUGUUGCUAUUACGACUGAACAUGUCGACUAUUUUUCGUUGGGAAUAUAGACUGUUUAAACCAAAUCUCAUUUCGACAAAAAGAUCAAAUGCGUACUGAGCGCGGGAGACUCGAUGAAAUUGUGAGCGUCUUGCUCGCAGGUGAUUGGCUGCCGACUUCGGGCCCUUGUAGGGAUGGACCUUUUGGAUAAAAGGAGAAUUUCUGGGGGGAUCGCGUGUAUUUGCACUGGUGGAUUCCUGUGCACAAGGGAAACGGGGACUAUCCUCAAAGGCACCAUGACGGGGAAGGAAGGGGCUGUGUUAUCGGAGAGUUUGAACAAACCCAAAUUAGCUGAAAACGGAGGGAAUAGCAACCCGCACUUGUCAAAGAGCAUUACAUCACACGCACCCAGAUGCACGGGCUUCGGCAUCCAGGAGAUUUUGGGGUUGAAUAAGGAGGCGUCCUCGGCGCCUCGGAGCGCGCUGGAAUCCAUCCCCGGGGGCGCGCACUUACUGGCCGCGCGCUCCAUGCUUGGCCCCGCCGCAGUCGGGGUUGGUAUGGGAUUCAUCGGACCCGGGGGUAUUCCGUCCUUCUACAGGCAGCCUUCGUUUCUGGAGGUCCUGUCAGACGCGCAGAACGUCCAUCUCCAACCUCUCAACAAAACAGCACCUCAGGAAGCCGGACAGUCUGCCAGCUCAGACUCAGAGGAUGUUUCUUCGAGUGAACGAAAAACAUGCAAGUCUUCCCUGGGCCAGAGCAAGAAGCGAAAGAAGAGGCGACAUAGGACAAUAUUCACAUCUUAUCAACUGGAGGAACUGGAGAAAGCUUUUAAUGAAGCUCAUUAUCCCGAUGUCUACGCCAGAGAGAUGCUGGCUAUGAAGACUGAACUACCAGAAGACAGAAUACAGGUCUGGUUCCAGAAUCGUCGAGCCAAAUGGAGAAAGAGGGAGAAGUGUUGGGGUCGGAGCAGUGUGAUGGCUGAAUAUGGGUUGUAUGGGGCCAUGGUGCGUCACUCCAUUCCUCUUCCAGAGUCUAUACUGAAGUCUGCCAAAGAUGGAAUUAUGGACUCCUGUGCCCCCUGGCUACUAGGCACUUCUCUAAAUCCGAAUCCCUCAUCGUUCUUUGCAGGGAUGCACAAAAAGUCACUGGAGGCAGCGACAGGCACAUCGAGUCGGAAGCCAGACAUCCCUCAGCAUCCAAACAAUGCCACCGUUGACGAUACUGAUGCUGAGGAGCGGAGGAGCGACUCACCCAUGUCUAAAGAGGAACUGAGGGAGAACAGCAUUGCUGCUCUCAGGGCCAAAGCACAGGAGCACAGUGCCAAAGUGCUGGGGACAGUGUCUAGCAAGGGACUCGAGCACAAAACACAAGGAGAAAUGGAAGAGAAGUCCAGCGUGGAACACUCAGACUCCCAAGAAGAGAAAGAGAGCUCUUAGAUAUGUACUUAUAACCUUUGGUCAAACAGCAUUGUGUCUUUCUGUAGCUUUCCUUAAAACAAAUCCCGAUUAUCUCUUCUGUAUUUUCUCGGAAACCACAGGCAAACAGUGGAUCUCCUCUUACCUAGCUAGUGCUAUUUUCCUAUUCCCACUUAGAGCUUCUGCUAUUUUAUUGAUAAGUUCACAUGUUGAUUGGAAAAUACAGAAAGCAUGAUAUGCUAAUGUUUAUUUUUACUUUAUAAGAUGUGCUUAACCACUAAGUGUCAUUUGGUUCUAUAUAAAGUGUAUGCUAGUACAAGAAACAGCCACAUUCUGGUCAUAUUUGGUGGUAUUAAUGGUGGGUUCCCAAGGACUCAAACUAUAUCAAAAACCGAUGACAUGUUCUUCAAUCUUAUUAAACCUAAUAAUUUCUUUUAUUGCUACGUUAAAAAGUACUAUUUCUCUAAAAGUCUAAAGUUUCUCUUAAAGUCUGUACACUGUUACUUUUUACAAGCACUUAGUGGUUGGUUCAUACGUUGUGUUAGAAUGUAACACUGUACAUACUGUAAAUAAAGAUAGCUUGCUACAGUAUUGUUUGAAGUACACUUUGAUGUACUUAUAAUAUGUGGGGUUAUGUUCUGAGUAAAAUGUUGAUCAGA